CUUCUGCUAAACCUUACGAAUUGUCGAGGUGACGCACCAAUGGUUUUACAGCAGUUUGACCUUCAAUUGCUCAGUUACAUCCACGAUGGGCGAUGCCACUGAAUCAUUGACUUUUCAGUGCACGGAUUGAUUAAACUAAGUAGUCGUCAUUCAAUUUAUUCUUGUGGACGAAAACGCUUAUAACGUAAACCACUACUUAUAAUGGUUAUGAAGCAACGUUUAGAACUUGAUCCGAAACUGUUUUUAGCUAAAAUAAAGGAAAAUCGUAAGAAGAUUUUUAGUAUGGUGGAGAAAUUAGCGGAACACUCCGUUUUAUUCAAACAACAUGCCAAAGAAUUUUCCAAUAUAGCAAAAAAUCUUAUCUCUGCUAUGAAAUCUACAGACGAUCAUACAGUUUAUCUAAAUUCCAUAGUGGAAACAGAACUCAUUAUUUUCUCGUUGAAUGUCAUGUUAAAAUCAUCAGGAGCUCGUCAUAUUUUAGUUGAAAAGGAAUUGUUUGCCUCAUUGAAUGAAUUAGAUCAAUCACUUAACAGUAUUUCACCUCCAUUUAAUGAUGCAACUUUGAGAGAGCUGUCAAUACAGCACCAAAAUCGAGAUCAGCAUAAUUCGAUUGAACAAGAUCCGGGUCCAGUGGGAAUUUCAAAUGACAAUAAUGAUAUUAAAUCAAGUGUAACUAAUCCUAAUGAAGAAAAUUGUCAAAUACUGUCUCGUGUUAAUAAUAAUAAUGUUAUUAAGGCUGAUUGCAGCUCCUCUACUGAGCAGUCAAAACGCAAAUCUUUAAAACGUGUGAGAAAGCUUAGUAGUAAUGAUGAGGAGUGUUUGACUUGUAAAUAAAUCAGUUUUUACAUGAUCAUCUUUUCUUGUUUUUAUUGUCUUAUACUACGUGUUUCGACUGUGAUCAGUAGUGUUUCCUAUUUUGAAUACCUUAAUAAAUCUUUGAAUCAGGUGGUUUACUCAGUGUUGGAUCACAAAUUGACUGUUAAGUAAUUAACAAUUAGUUACUUCAGUAUAUCAUGAGUACCAAAUGAACUCUCAGUUCUUCAUUGGUCUACAAGGUUGUAAAUUAUGCUAUGUAUCAAUCGGCAAAGCGUGUUCCUGGUAUAAUCUAUUAUUCGAAAUAAUAUCAAGAUAUUCGAAAUGCGAUCUUUAUAAUUCUUAUACAUUCCAUUCUACAGGGACAACAUUCGUCAUUAAGGUGUACCUGGAAACUUGACGAAAUAGACAUAACACCUAUAAUUCGAACCCGGAUCACCCAGCUUUAUGGUAGAAGAUGUUAUCGCUACUAGGCUAUUCAGGGCGCGAUUGAUGUCCUUUAGUAACAAGAAUAUCUACAUCCCUUGGUUACUUUUUUGAUUGAAUUCUGUUGAUCAGCACUAAAGGCUAUUCGAAGAUGAUAUUGGUCACCAUUUAAUAGUCAGUUUGUGAAUUUCACAUGUUGAUGAUAAACUCAAAUUUCUAGAUAUACUUUUUUUAAUCGUGGUAAACCUGACAAUCAGACACUUAGGCUCCCUGUUAUUAUCACUUAUUAUUUAAUAUAAAGGAUACUAAUCAGCUCAUGAAUAAGAACAUGUCCUCUGGAACUGGUUAAUUCGGUCGUGUUGAUAUAGUGAUAUGGGG